CCUCACCAUCCCCCGGCCUGAGGCUGUGAAAUCGUCUCCAGAAUUUCCCCCGAGGCCUGCCUGUCCCUGAGUGCCUUCCACUUUCCCCUGCUCCUGUGUCAGCCUCCUGGCUGCGCCCUCACCCAGAUCAGGCCCCACCUGCCCCCAGCAUCUCUCUAGAACCCCCGGCCCUCUCUUUUUCGGUGACAAGCACAUUACACGUACCGAGCACCUGCCAAAUAAAUAAGACUUAUUUCAACCUAGUGUGCCAGAGGGGAGGCCCCACGUAAUUAACUAAACACGGCCCGGGGCACGUCGCUUUCAAGAAUCUCUAGGCGCUUUCUUCUCAUGGGACGAGACCUGGAGCCCUCCAUUUGCCUCCACCAUGUGACCCCUCCUGCCUCUGCACUGCUGCUCAGCGGCCACCUCUUUUGCCAAGGAAACCCCGCCUCUUCGCUGCUCCCUGAUCACCCCAAGCACGCUCGUCCCGCUGCCUCGUAAGCUGUUCUGCAGCCCUCCCUUCUCUCUACCUGCCCGGUAUCGCAGCCCUCCCUUCUCUCUACCUGCCCGGUAUCACAGCCCACCAAGGCCUGUCUUGCAAAUGAAGCCCAGUGCAGCCAUCGUGACCCACGCUGGCUCUCCCUUUUGAACUGACCGUGAAAUUAAAAUGAACACUAAGAAGUAAGACGAUAUCAGCCCACCAAUCCCGGGCUUUGGUCCACACACCUGACUGCGAAGCACCAGUCUGCGAACUGUUUUGCUAUCUGUCUGUACAGAACUUGGGAAUCAGCCUUUAGAAACCUUCAUAUCAAUUUGAUACUGUCGCCACAUCCACAGUCAUGAUUUCGUGUUUUACAAAAGUACCAUUUCCUGGUGGAUUGGGAACUUAAAAAACCUAAACCAAAGCCUGGCUUUUCACACAGAAAAGCUGGUGGAGAGGCCUUGCCUCUUCCACCAGAUCUGCCAUUUAGAGGCACCCCCAUUGCACUGUCUACCCACUCACUGAGGUCAGCGACCACGAAGAAAGGCUCAGAGUGGUGCAGCAGUCGGUUGCCAGCGAGGGCUUUCUGCACCGUGACCUCAUCUGAUGCCAGCGACAAACCUGUGUCGGGUAGGUGGAGGCCGCUGGCAUUACCAUCCCCACAUUCAGAUGAAGAGACUGAGGUUCAGAGAGGACGAUCUGGACUUGGACUCCACACCUCCCGACUGCAGAGCCCACGGUGCUCAUUCCCCCUUGCCACUACGGCCACACCAUCUGGAAGACUGGGUAUCCCACAUUCGCUUUAAGAUAACAUAUGAAUGCAGGGCUGUUUGAAAAAGCGUGUAGACCUGGUCCAAAAAGCAUCCAGAGAAAACAGAACUGAGCAGGGCAAUUGACCCAAAUACCAGGGAGUCUGCGGGUAAGUGGGGAAGGCUGCGGCGGUCUGAGGAGUGAGCAGUGGGCCCAUUUCAACCGGGCGGCAGUGUUGGUCUGUGGCACUGGCCUCAGAGCCAGGAUGCUCGCAGCCGGAGCAGCAACAGGAAACAGGAAGCCGGCCUCAGGGCUGGGCGGAGCCUAGAAAGGGAGCUGGCACCUGGGUGCAGGGCCUGCUGGCUGGCCAGUACCCGCGACCAGAGGACGGGACGGCAGCCUGCAGGGCUGGUCUCUGCUGGCCAGAGAGUGUGGGCCUGUGUGUGGGUGUGAGCGUCGGCUGGGAGGAAGAGGCAUCUUCCUGUUCACCGGCUCCGAGGACGUUGCCGAGUAACAAGUGAGGGUGUCCGAAGCUGGUUCCUGCCUGCUCACAGACCCAGCCUGCCCUGCGAGCGCCUUUGUCCUAUGUGCUGGUUACCGCUGGGGCUCCAGGAGGGACAGUAUCUGCCCUUGCCCGCCAGACCCUGGGGUGGGGGCCGGCCCUUCAGGGCUCCCCGCCCUGUUUACUAGGUGGAAAGCAGUGACACGCCGAAGGACCCCGCCGUGACCUCCAAGUCCCCGUCCAUGGCCCAAGACUCAGGCCCCUCAGAGCUGUUACCCAACGGGGACUUGGAGAAGCGGAGUGAGCCCCAGCCAGAGGAGGGGAGCCCCGCUGGGGGGCAGAAGGGCGGGGCCCCAGCAGAGGGAGAGGGUGCAGCUGAGACCCCGCCCGAAGCCUCCAGAGCCGUGGAGAAUGGCUGCUGCACCCCCAAGGAUGGCCGGGGAGCCCCUGCAGAAGAGGGCAAAGAACAGAAGGAGACCAACAUCGAAUCCAUGAAAAUGGAGGGCUCCCGGGGCCGGCUGCGGGGUGGCCUGGGCUGGGAGUCCAGCCUCCGCCAGCGGCCCAUGCCGCGGCUCACCUUCCAGGCGGGGGACCCCUACUACAUCAGCAAGCGCAAGCGGGACGAGUGGCUGGCACGCUGGAAAAGGGAGGCUGAGAAGAAAGCCAAGGUGAUUGCAGUAAUGAAUGCUGUCGAAGAAAACCAGGGGUCCACCGAGUCUCAGAAGGUGGAGGAGGCCAGUCCUCCUGCUGUGCAGCAGCCCACCGACCCCGCAUCCCCCACUGUGGCCACCACGCCUGAGCCCGUGGGGGCUGACGCUGGGGACAAGAACGCCGCCAAAGCAGCUGAUGAUGAACCGGAGUACGAGGACGGCCGGGGCUUUGGCAUUGGGGAGCUGGUGUGGGGGAAACUGCGGGGCUUCUCCUGGUGGCCAGGCCGCAUUGUGUCUUGGUGGAUGACGGGCCGGAGCCGAGCAGCAGAAGGCACCCGUUGGGUCAUGUGGUUCGGAGAUGGCAAGUUCUCAGUGGUGUGUGUGGAGAAGCUGAUGCCGCUGAGCUCCUUCUGCAGCGCCUUCCACCAGGCCACCUACAACAAGCAGCCCAUGUACCGCAAGGCCAUCUACGAAGUACUGCAGGUGGCCAGCAGCCGAGCAGGGAAGCUGUUCCCGAUGUGCCACGACAGCGACGAGAGCGACACUGCCAAGGCCGUGGAGGUGCAGAACAAACAGAUGAUCGAAUGGGCCCUGGGAGGGUUCCAGCCCUCUGGCCCCAAGGGCCUGGAGCCCCCAGAAGAGGAGAAGAACCCCUACAAAGAAGUUUACACAGACAUGUGGGUUGAACCCGAGGCAGCUGCCUAUGCACCGCCCCCACCAGCCAAAAAGCCCCGAAAGAGCACAACUGAAAAGCCCAAGGUCAAGGAGAUAAUUGAUGAACGCACAAGAGAGCGGCUGGUGUACGAGGUGCGGCAGAAGUGCCGGAACAUCGAGGACAUUUGCAUCUCUUGUGGAAGCCUCAACGUCACCCUGGAACACCCUCUUUUCAUCGGAGGAAUGUGCCAAAACUGCAAGAACUGCUUCCUGGAGUGCGCGUACCAGUAUGAUGAUGACGGCUAUCAGUCCUACUGCACCAUCUGCUGCGGGGGGCGCGAGGUGCUCAUGUGCGGGAACAACAAUUGCUGCAGGUGCUUUUGCGUUGAAUGUGUGGAUCUCUUGGUGGGGCCGGGAGCUGCGCAGGCAGCCAUUAAGGAAGACCCCUGGAACUGCUACAUGUGCGGGCACAAGGGCACCUACGGGCUGCUGCGGCGGCGAGAAGACUGGCCCUCUCGGCUCCAGAUGUUCUUCGCCAAUAACCACGACCAGGAAUUCGACCCUCCGAAGGUUUACCCACCUGUCCCAGCCGAGAAGAGGAAGCCUAUCCGGGUGCUGUCCCUGUUUGACGGAAUCGCUACAGGGCUUCUGGUGCUGAAGGACUUGGGCAUUCAGGUGGAUCGCUACAUCGCUUCCGAGGUGUGCGAGGACUCCAUCACGGUGGGCAUGGUGCGGCACCAGGGGAAGAUCAUGUACGUCGGGGACGUCCGCAGCGUCACGCAGAAGCAUAUCCAGGAGUGGGGCCCGUUCGAUCUGGUGAUUGGGGGCAGUCCCUGCAAUGAUCUCUCCAUCGUCAACCCCGCCCGCAAGGGACUCUACGAGGGCACUGGCCGGCUCUUCUUUGAGUUCUACCGCCUCCUGCAUGAUGCGCGGCCCAAGGAGGGAGAUGAUCGCCCCUUCUUCUGGCUCUUUGAGAAUGUGGUGGCCAUGGGCGUUAGUGACAAGAGGGACAUCUCGCGAUUUCUCGAGUCCAACCCUGUGAUGAUUGAUGCCAAAGAAGUGUCGGCUGCACACAGGGCCCGCUACUUCUGGGGGAACCUUCCCGGUAUGAACAGGCCGUUGGCAUCCACUGUGAAUGAUAAGCUGGAGCUGCAGGAGUGUCUGGAGCACGGCAGGAUAGCCAAGUUCAGCAAAGUGAGGACCAUUACUACUAGGUCGAACUCCAUAAAGCAGGGCAAAGACCAGCAUUUCCCCGUCUUCAUGAAUGAGAAAGAGGACAUCUUAUGGUGCACUGAAAUGGAAAGGGUGUUUGGCUUCCCUGUCCACUAUACCGACGUCUCCAACAUGAGCCGCUUGGCGAGGCAGAGACUGCUGGGCCGGUCGUGGAGCGUGCCCGUCAUCCGCCACCUCUUCGCUCCGCUGAAGGAAUAUUUUGCUUGUGUGUAAGGGACGUGAGGGCAAACCGAGGUAGUGAAACAAGGUUUAAACAAACAAACAAAAAACACAAAACACAACAAAAUACCAAGAACAUGAGGAUGGAGAGAAGUAUCAGCACCCAGAAGAGGAAAAGGAAUUUAAAACAAAAAAAAAAACCCCACAGAGGCAGAAAUACCGGAAGGCUUUGCCUUGUAAAAAGGGUUGGACAUCAUCUCCUGAUUUUUCAAUGUUAAUCUUCAGUCCUAUUUAAAAACAAAACCAAGCUCCCUCCCCACCCUCCCACCCCCUUUUUUUCGGUCAAACCUUUUGUUUUCUACUCUUUUCAGAGGGGUUUUCUGUUUGUUUGGGUUUUUGUUUCUUGCUGUGACUGAAACAAGAGGGUUUAUUGCAGCAAAAAAAAAAAAAUCAGUAACAAAAAAUAGUAACAUACCUUGCAGAGGAAAGAUGGGAGUGAAGGAAAGAAGGAAAUUCUAUAGAAAUCUAUAUAUUGGGGUUUUUUUUGUUUUUUUUUUUGUUUUUGUUUUGUUUUUUUUACUAUGUAUCUUUUUUUUUGUUGUUGUCUCUAGCCUGAUCAGAUAGGAGCACAAGCAGAGGACAGAAAAUAGACACUCAGGCGGCAGAGUUCCCUCCCAGCCACUGAGCUGUCUUGCCAGCACCAUUCCUGGUCAUGCAAAACACAACCCAACUAGCAGCAGAGAGACGAGAACACCACACAAGACCCUUUUAUACAGUAUUCAGGUGCCUACCACACAGGAAACCUUGAAGAAAAUCAGUUUCUAGAAGCCGCUGUUACCUCUUGUUUACAGUUUAUAUAUAUAUGAUAGAUAUGAGAUAUAUAUAUAAAAGGUACUGUUAACUACUGUACAACCCGACUUCAUAAUGGUGCUUUACAACAGCGAGAUGAGUAAAAACAUCAGCUUCCACGUUGCCUUAUGUGCAAAGGGUUUUAACCAAGGAUGGAGAAAGGGAGACAGCUUGGAGGUGAACCGUUAACCGUGGUGGGGUUUUUCAAUUUCCCCUUGGUGUUUAACAAGGUGAAGGAGGAGAAUUUGGGAACAGCAUUCUCCCGUUUCUCCCUGCCAAAAAAGGGGGUGAAAUUCAGUGGUCGGGACCGUGGAAAGCUGAGAGUGGGAUCCAUCCAGGCUCCUGAGAUAACCUUUUGAUUUUUUUAGAAAAGGAGACUCCCUCGGCAAGAUGGCAGGAUGAGGGGUCUUCAUUCCCAAUUUCUCACAUUAGCCGAUUCGAGGGCUCCUUGCGGUGGGGUCAGAAAAAAUCCAGAGUGCGGGCAAGUGACAGUUCAGACCCCACCUGGAGCAAAUAAAAAAACAUACAAAACGUACUGGUGCUUUCCUGUCUAAGUCGCUUUUUGUGUGUUCUUUUAUGAGGCCCCCACCAUCCACCCUCUGUGCACAAGGCGGCUUCCGGCCCCUGGAAUGUGAUGUUUUUGGUCAUCUCCAAAGGCUGCAGUUUUAUACUGGGAGGCUGAUGACACCUUUUGUUAUAAUUAUUCUUAUGGUUCUGGUUAUAAUUAUGUUUGUUUUCAGAUUUUCUUUAAGAAAACAAAAACCCAACCCCCCCUCCCUUUAGGUUUCAAACCAAGGUGCGGGGAGCAGGGUGCUUCUAAGUCAGUGGUGGCCCUGGUGCCCUGGCUCCCCACCCCUCGGGCCAGGUGGGCCACCGGGCGCUGCGACAGCUGGGCGUCGGCCAGGGGGUCCCCGAGGCCGGCCUUCCGGGCGCGUCCCUCUUCUCUUCUGCUUCCCUCCUCUCGAGUCACGUGUGUCAGGGCUGGAGGGAGGACCAGGCAUCUCUCUCCUCGCGUGUGUGAUUGGAGUGGUGUGUAUUUCUUUUCUAGUACUUGGUCUGAUGAUAGCUGUGCUCUUACCUCGAGUCAGCAGCACCUGGAGCCCCAAGUGCACGACACUUGGUUCCGCUUCCCGGCGAGGCAGGCAGCCUGGUGUUGGCUGUAGGCAGGGACGGCAUGUGUGGCUCCAGGGUGAGGGCCCAAUGGGCAGAUGCCUGCCUGGGUAGAUGGGGUGUAGAUAAUGUGGCAUAUAGAGAUAUAUAUUUUAUAAUGGGAGGGGGGAGUGGCACCUCCUGGGACUGGCAGGGCUGGCAGGGGUGCUGCCAAGCACAUGGUCCCACGUUCGCAUCCCUAGAAAGAUAGGGCCUACGGUGAUAGGCGCUAUAUAAAUACAUAGAUAGGGUCACGUAUAAGAAAUAUUUUGUAGUGGGGAGCGGGGGAAGGAGGCUCAGAAUGCUGAGUCUCGGGCCCCACUGCAGACAGGCCCCACACCAAUCAGUCAGUCCCACACGCACACACAGGAACAUGUUUCUAUACCGAUGCGUAACGAAUGCGCGUGCGCACACACACGCACACGCACACCCACACGCACACACACACACACACACACACACACAGCCAGGGAGCUCCCAGCGCUCUUCUCCCCAGGAUUCAGGACUUUGCAGAGUCGGCCCUGCAGCUCUUUACCUCUGUUGCCCUAAUUGCAGGUAGACUGUCAAUCCCAGAAGUUGCUAGGUGCUGAGGGCAGGAAAAGGAGGAGGUUUUCUUUCAGCAGGUGCUCUCCUCUAGCAGGUAGCGUUCUAUCUCUUUUGCCCCUGGUGAUGUCAAAAGACUCUUCUGUUAGCAACCUGUGACACUGACCUGCAACCCUAGGCACCAGUCCAGUCAGCCCUCAACUCCCCCUACCUAUUCUCCCCCGACCAAAACGAAACUGACGUCCAGGGCUGUCUUGGCCAGGGGGCUUCCAUUGGAAAAAAAAUGGGACAGUGAACCUCACCUUUUGAAUAAAGCAAAUUAGUAAUUGGUGACAAAACGAAACCAGGCUUUGAAUCCCGUGCUCAUUGCUCAGGAGUAAGCCCACAGCUGGUGGCCGCGGUCUCCCGCUCCUUUUAGGGGUGCUUAGUCCCGCACCCCGGGCUACUCAUUUCCUUGUCAGAUUGGUUUUUAAGAUGAUACCCAGUUGCUUCCUGCCAGCUGUGUGCCGUGAUGCCAGGUGGUGAUGGUGGGCUCCCACGGGGCUGGAGCAGCUGUGGGGGAAGCCCUCGGCCCUUCCCUCGUUGGAGUCUGUACCGAACUGUGGUGCUCACCCCACCCCCUCCAGCCAGGCUCCAUCUUCCCGGCCCAGAGCCCACCAGCACUGCUCCGGAGGGCUGGGGGAGGAGGGCUGCCGCAGGCAGUCCAAGGUGCUCCCUCCCCUGGCGGCCAACGCUAAGGUCUUCCCAGCCCCAGUGUCAGGGCAGAGUCUCUUCCUCUGCAGACAGACUUCCUGGCUCUCCGAGGCCUUUUGUCCACUGCUUGUGUGCAGGAGUUUGCUUUUCCCAGUGGCCCAAGCCCCACCCACGGGCUUGGUGUGGGGAAGCAGCUCAGUAGCCAAGGAUGUGGUGAGCCUGAGGGCUCGGCGUGGGCCGGCCAGCUUGCUUGCUGUGGCUGAGGACCUGUUGCGCGCAGUCUGGCCACCUGACUAGGCCCCAGAAGGGGCCAGAUGCACCCUCGCAGGGAUGAGAGUUAACGAUCACCAGCUUUUCUUCCAGCCACACCCGUGGGCUUGGUCCCAUAGUAGAGCUUGGUAGGGUGCAGGGGACCUUGGGGAUGUGCCAACUUGGCCACACCGGCGUGCUGUCCAACUCUGGGGGUGCUCCUGGGCGCAGUGAUCAGGUCCCCUUCUAAAGGGGAGCUGUGCUUGGACAGGCUGAGGUGAGGUCGCGCGGGGAUGCAGGUGGGGGGUCGCGGCACUCGUUGUGCGUGAGGCUCAGGGUAGAGGCAGCGCAGCGGGAGAGACCAUGAAGGCCUAGGGAAAAUUCUGGACUAUGUUCCCAGUGGGGUUUUCUUUCUGAAGAGCAGGCCAAUUUACAAAUUCCUGGAAACGAGGGUUUCUAGGGACUGAGGAUGAUGCCCCCUACUUGCUGCAGGUGCCAGAGGGACCUGUGCCUCUUGCCGGGGGUAGGUAGCUGGGGCUCGGCAGGGCGCAGGGCCCUGGGUCGCUUGCCCGAGGAGGAAGCUCGUCUCCAGCCAGCGCCGCUGAGCCCCGUGGGCCUCAAGCUGGCUGGUGCUGCCUGCCUUUCCCGGGAGCCGACCGAGGAGCACAGGACCCGUGGGGUCUUGCAGUCAGUGAUGGCAACCCAGGUGUGCCACUGUCUGUUUUUCUUUCUAGACCCCAGAACCUUCCUGCUAUUGAACAUUCUAGAAAGCAAACUUCCCCAAAGAGCACGCAGGACUGCUUUGCUUUUGAGACGGGCCUGGGAGUGGCGGCUGGCGAAGAUGCCUGUGGGUUUUUGGUGAGUCGCUAGAGUGCAGACUGGGACAGGCAGACCCAGCAGGAAGAAAGGCUGGUGGUGGACAUCGGACUGGUCUAAUGAGGGCCGGCUCCCCUUACUUCCUGCAUAGCUGGCAAUUCUGGGGAAGACUGAAUUGAUGGGAUGGGAAUUAGAUGGGAAUAGCCCACGGUCUCCAGCACAGGAAGGUCUGUAACAGGAGCAAGGGAAGGAACUGUUUCAGCAGAGCCACCUGGGGAAUGUUCUUAGCCUUCAUCUCGCUGAUGACAUCAUUAUACAUAAAGUGGAUCUUGGAGGCGCUUUUGAAUUCCUGUCGCUGUUCUGUUUGGGGCAGAGAGGCUGUGGCACUGGUAUUUUUCAGAGGUGUCGUUUUCAAGAAACUUGCAGGGUUAGGGCCGUGGGUCCUGCCUCGCACUGUGAUCUGAUGAGGGCUGGUCGUUGCCUGUGGUCAGGGUAGCAGCAGAGCCAAGAUGCUGGUGAGAACUGGGUUUCUAGCCAGGCCCCGUUUUGAUCGCAGGAGAUGAGGAAUCUGAAUUUGUCAUCGGGCGUGGUCUAGUCUGGCCCCUCCCAGCGCUUGUGAUUAGCGAUGACACUGGAGUUGUCCUGCCCUCUUUCCUCCACCUCUGGAGGGCUGGCGUGGAGCUGGAAUGGCUCUCCCGGCCAUUCCUUGCUGAGGCAGGGAUUAACCAUGAGUGUUUGGAGGAUCUAAGAGGAAAGAGAAUAGAUUUCUAUCCAGGAUGGACUCCACUGUUCUAGCAGAAGCUCUCGAGUCUUUACGUUUUGGUAAAGGAAGGCUGGGGUCUUCAGGCAGCGAGAGCAGCCCCUCUUGCACCGGUGUGUUCCAGAGACCCGGCUGAGUGGGCCUUGGGUUGUUUAUCCAGCUGAUCCUCAGCAGUGGAGCCUGGGGAGGGGGAGAAACAAGCAGGUCAGAAGCAGUGAGGGCAAGGAUGGAAGGUCCUUAGCUAGUCGUGGCCGGCCGAAUCGCCCGAACGGAGGCCCGCAGAUUCCUGUAACUCCAGUAACUGGAAAACGCCCCGCAGGGGCAUGGGAGGGCGGCUUUCUCAGCCUCCAGUCUCACGGCCUCCAGCCCUGGGCCUGAGGACAUGAGCAGGGAUCCGAAAGCAUCACCUGAGUCCCAUUUCACUUCACAGACUGAUCUGGUUGCACAGCCCUAGAACCCAACCAACCACAAAAAUGCCGAAAUUCCUUAGAAUACGCAGAGGGAGGAGGUGACUCAACAAGGUGCUAAAACAUUUUAUUAAAAAUAUAUAUUGUUAAAUUAAGUCUGCUGUCUGGACAAUGACUGUUUGUUUUGUUUUCUUGUAGUGGAGUUUAAAAGAGACUAUUAUUUUACUCUGAUAUAUUAUUAUUAAAAAGGCAUUUUAACUUUGUACUUGAAAACUAAAUGAGCGAUUUCAUGUGUUUUAGCUGAGGCAUUGAAGUAGCGGGUGCUUACUUAUUUGUGGGAAAUCAUGUAUUCAUACUGAAGAAUAAACUCCGUAGCUGAUUUGGUAAUAACUUUUACUGUUACAGACGAUUUCGCUUUGACCCCGGCGGGAGAGCACUUUUACUGCACAUUCCACGCAGCUAAAUGCAGGACUUAACUCCCCAGACCCUUCCCUUCCCAACCCUCUUUCCUUUCUCUUCAGUUCCUCUUCUGACUCUUUGUUGUUGUUGUUUUUUUUUUUCUCCCUGGUUCCAGCAUCCUUUCACCACUGUAUUUUUUUUAGGGUUGCUUCUCUAUUUAUUGACAAUAAUAAUGUACAUUUCACAGUCUGGUUCUGGGACAUCGGGGAGGGGCAAGUGUGAAAGGGCCCUGCACGGGUCCCCACCCCCAUGCCCUGGUGUUCUGUUGUAUCUCUGUGUAAGUGAUGCUCGUGACAUAGCUGUUAUGAAAUAAUUAUAAAGAGGUCAGUGCGUACAGCAGAUGUAGAAAGUCUGUCAGUUCCGCCUUCAUCACGUUUUUUUUUUUUUGUGCCCAGAAGCAUAUAAUAAAGCUCCUUUCUAAUGUACUUGUGCUGGAGAACACUUGAAUAAAUGGACUGUUUUUGUGCAAAAAAGAAAAACGGAAAAAGCACCGUAAUAAUGUCCUUUUGUCUUGCGUCUCCUUUCCCCUGACAUGACUGUUGGCAACCUUCUUCAGAGGUCCUAGCACUGGGUCUAGACAGUGCAGCUCCUCCCUUUAAAAACAUCACCUGCAUGAACAUUCAAUAGGGACUGUAAACUGGGUGCAAAAAAGGGUGGUUUGGUUGACAGGAAGCUCGAAGAUAAGUUAGAGUGAGGCAAGGUUGCAGGAAGAGCAGAUUCUGUCCAGGCUGAGCUACAGAAAUUUUCAGACUAGAGCCGGGAGAGGAGUGGGCCUCGUGCCUGUGUCAGACAAGCUAGAGGGCUUUGGUUACGGGCACAGUUCCUCUCUGUGUGGGGUUUCUCCAAAACACAAGGGCAUCCAGAGGAGAGCAGCCGGGUGGUGGACAGUCUAGACUGUGCAAGGGACCCUGGGAGACACAGGUGUUUGGCCCCCAAAAUGGGAGAAUUUAGAGAAUGGUGCAGACAAUGACAGGGAGAGCCCAAGGGGCUGGGAUGAUUUGGGGCAGUUCCACGUGGCAGGCGGAAGUGGGGCCAGUCGGCCGAAGUCGGUCUAUUUCAGCUCAGCACAAGAAGAUCCUUUUUCACUACUGGCCAGCAGUCCGAGGGCUGCCCUGAGUACAGUGAAGCCCUGGUCAGUUAAGAGGCGCUGGACAGCCACUGGGGCUCCUGCUGACCUUCCUUGAGACCCCAAGUCUGGGUUAUCCUGGCUGACCCACCCCUCCUCAGCACUAUCUUGCAAGUGGACGGUGCCUUGCGGUUGGAAGAGCCCGUUCACACAUGAUGUCCCCUUUGUCCUCGUGACUCUUUGCCUGGCAGUUACUAGUUCCCUGUUGUCCCAUCUAAGAGACUGAUCUGAACACAUAGAAGAACUGGGCUUUUCCCAUCACAUCUCCUCUCUAAGACCCCUGGCAUUCCAUGCUGCAUUUCCAUUUCCUAAGUGCCAAGCAGAUCCCGCCAAUGAUUUCUUGUCUUCAGGGAGGAUUAUUCAAGGUUUCUUUCCUACAGCAGAUUUCGGGGGAGGUUUAGGACUGCACCACUUUGCUGGCAGCUUUGAAAGAAAUUAUAAGGGGGAAAUUUGAGAAAAAGGGGAAAAUAACAGGCUUUUUUUUCAUGGGCACUUUUUAUUUUCUUUACAAAAUUGUAAAUGUAUAUUUAACUGUUAUCCUACUUUUUUCUCAAUAUUUUUCAAUGUUGAUGUAGAAUUCUUUUUUAAAAAAUGGCUGCAUGGCAUUUUCUUGUUGGAUGUUUGUUUCUAUAUAUAUAUAUGCAUUUUAUUUUAGCUAUAAAUAGAGCUGCAAUAAAUAUCUUUAUGUGUUGGC